AUGGAUGGUAUCCAGCACACGAGUGUACCGGAGUAUAGCAUCCUAAAACAGCGGGUGGAUUUGGAUGUCGACUUUGCGCGCCGCUCGCUCAAAGGCAGCACGGAGAUCACGGUGCAGCCGCUCGUGAAGGAUCUACGACAACUCCAGCUGCACUGCCGGCAGUGUACUCUCACUUCCGUUCAGGCCGGCGGCAUCACCGCCAAGUACGAGUAUGAGGACCCAUACCGUCGCCUGCGCAUGCCGGCCGGCUCCAACGUGCAUCAGCAUGAGAUGCUGAAGGAGAAGGUUCUGCAUUCGCUCGCGCCUAGAUUGCGGCCAGAACUCCUCAUUGCGCUGCCGCCGAAGCUAAAGAUCCAAGAGUUGCACGUCGAUGCCGGAAGUGCGGCGGUCACAGCGGCUCGCGUGAGCGGCACGCCGAACCUGGAGCGGCACGAGACAGACGCGGACGGCGUGGCAAUCGCGGAGACACCGAUACUGGCAUCCGCUGGACAGCAUCACCUCCCGCAGUUUGCGCCGAUCAAGCUCUUUAUUGAGUUUGAAGUAGACAACUUCCGCGAUGGCGUUCACUGGAUUGGCAGCGAAGAAGGCGACAAGCGGUACCCGUACAUGUACACCAAGGCCAGCCCGCUACCAGGCAACACAAGCUGCAUCUUUCCCUGCGUCGACAAUGCGACCGCGAGAUGUACCUGGGAGCUGUCAAUACGAUGUCCGCGGACGCUUGGAGAUGCUUUCGGAAAGUCGUCAGCGAUGACAGUCGAGCCUGCAGAACCGCUUGGUGUAGAUGGCAACGCUCGAAUGGAAAACGGCGUGGCCGAGAAGCAUACUGCGGCAAAUACAGACCCUUCGAUGCCGCAGCUCUCCCUCGACCUAAGCGAAGAGGAUGCUGCUUUGGAGCUUGUUGUUGCGUGCGUCGGCGAGCAAAUCGACGACGUCGCCGAUGCAGAAGACGAUACGCGGCACACGGUCACCUUCAGCCUCACAGAUCCGGUCACUGCUCGCCACAUCGCCUUCGCUGUUGGCCCGUUUGAGAGAAUCGACUUGUCCAGCGUGCGGGACGCGGAUGAUGAAGAAAGGCUCGGUCAGCGCGCGGUUAAGGUCGACGGCUUCUGCCUUCCUGGUCGGGGGGACCAAGUGCGGAACACUUGCUAUCCCGCCACACGGAUCAUCGACUACUUCGGCGUCAAUUACACCUCGUUCCCGUUCUCAAGCUACAAGAUACUGUUCGCGGAUGACAUGGUCCACGAUACAGUUGCAGCAGCUGGCUUCACCAUUUGCAGCUCCCACAUUCUCCUUCCAGCCGACAUCAUCGAGCCACUUGAGCCAACCACAAGGACCAUCAUACGUGCGGUUGCUGAGCAGUGGGCAGGGGUCAGCGUCAUCGCCAAAGAACCUUCCGAUGCUUGGGUUGUCUCCGGAAUUGCGGGCUAUAUGUCGGAUCUGUAUGGUAAGACCUUGCUCGGCAACAACGCUUACCGAUGGCAACAGAAGCUCGCUGCAGAGAAGGUGUACGAGCUUGAUGCUGAUCGUCCAUCCAUAUCCCAACAUGGCCACUAUCUGCACCUCGACCCGUCAAUCCGCGAGUUCUUAGAUCUCAAAUCCGCGCUUGUCCUCUUCAUCCUUGACAGAAGGCUUUUGAAGGCGAGCGGUACCACAGGCGUACAGCGCAUCAUCAACAAGAUCCUGGUCAACGCCACCACCGGCACACUCGAGAACGGUGAGCUCUCGACGGUGGACUUCCAACGGCAAUGCGAGAAGCUCGGCCAUAACAAGCUCGAGUCCUUUUUCCGUCAGUGGGUCUUCGGCGCCGGCUGCCCCAUCUUCCAAGUGUCCCAACGCUUCAACAAGAAGAAGCUUGUGGUCGAGAUGACGAUCCUGCAGCGCCAGAUUGAACGGCAGACGAAGCCGCCGUUUGCGCCGAACAAUUUCAUGCGCGAGAUCAAAGAGCACGUGCAGGAGAUCUGGGCGCCAGAGACGCUACCUGUUUUCACCGGCCCGAUGACGAUCAGGAUCCAUGAAGCGGAUGGUACGCCGUACGAGCAUAUCGUAGAGAUCAAGGAGCAGACCACGAAGCUUGAGAUACCGUACAACACAAAGUACAAGCGCCUCAAGCGUUCACGGCGCCAGAAAGACCGCGCAAUGGCCGAGAGCAACAAUGGCGAAGGCGGCGAAGAGUCACUGUUGUACUGUCUUGGUGACAUCCUGGAUUCACCCGAAGAAUGCCGCGAGUGGAAUCUUGUGGACUGGACCUCAGAAGACGAAGACCGCAUGGGUCAAGAGAGUUACGAGUGGAUCCGCAUGGAUGCCGACUUCGAAUGGAUCGGUAAGAUCCAUCUUACCAUGCCGUUGUACAUGUACGUCUCGCAGCUGCAGCAGGAUAGGGAUCUGGUGGCGCAGUACGACUCCAUGCGCUAUCUCACACUGGCGAACCCGCACCAUGUCUCUUUCAGCAUCCUGGUGCGCACACUGAUGGACCACCGGUACUUCCAUGGCAUUCGUGCGAUGGCUGCCGACGGGCUGGCGAUUCUGGUUGCAAGAGUCGAUCCGCAGAGCAGUAAUGCCGACGAGCUGAGAACGAUAGGACAAUUUCAUCUAAUGAAGGCUUUUGAAGAGCUAUUUUGCUUUCCGGGCGAGAACAUGCCAAGACCGAAUGACUGGACUAAUCGAGCCAACUUCAUCGUCCAGUGCGCCAUUCCACGCUCCAUGGCGAAGUUGAGAGAUGGAGAAGGCAAGGUGCCACUCGCUAUACGCCGCUUCUUCAUGGACAAGCUGCGCUUCAACGAUAAUUCGGACAAUCCUUUCUCCGACUGCCACUACGUUGCAACACUCCUCACGUGUUUGGCUGACUCUCUCGUGGUGUCACACCGUGAGCCACAGCCUACAUACACUUUCAGUUUCGGCGAAGACGAGCCAAUGGAGCCGGAAAACCCUGACGAGCCGCUCGAGGCUGAGGGCAUCAAUGCCAUCGAGCGCUACAGACGGAUUGAUGAGUGGGAGACAACGUACCACAACAUCUACUCGCUCACGGCGCUUGAGUGUUUGCAGAAGCUGACCAAGGCUGGUAUGGCUAAAGACAAGACAAGCGAAGUACUGCAAUACACCCGCCCAGCCAACGCGGACUUGGUGCGUGUUGCUGCGUUUCGGUGCUUGGUUGAGAUUGGCGUAGCGAGGAAGAUGAGCAUGAUGGCGUAUUUACUCCACUGCAUUGCUGACGAGCCCUCGCCCUUCGUUCGUGGCCGCUUACUCGCGUGCUUCGGCGAAGCUCUUGGCCAUAUUGCUCUCGGCGACUCUGAGCCGGUUCAGCCUCGACCACAGCCCGCUGAGGCCGACGGCUUGAUACUGGAGCAAGCAGCGAGCAGCGAAGCCCGACAGUUCGAAGUCAGUCGCAAGACCACACCCGACGGCGCCAUCGCGGCGCUGAAAGCGGCACUUGGCAACGAAGACAGGUUCAAGCGCGCGCUUUGGUAUGCAACUACAUCUCCGGACCUUACUUUGGAUGAGGUUGCUGCAUUCUGCGAUAUUGCGGCGCUUCUGUACCCGGCGGUAGCAUCGGCGAAGGUUACCCUGAAGCUGCCUAGGUUGUACAGGUGUAAGCACCUCGGCAGGGGAAAGAUGCGUUUCUGGCAGACUGGAAGUGUUAAAACCGCCCCGAGGAAGCCGCUUGACAGCGAGGAUCUGCAGGCAAUCCGAAUGCUGGUGAGGAGGACAUCAGUCUGA